UCACACAAAGUCUCCGCACUAGCCAAGACUCGUCAGACUGGUUCUCUAUGGAUCAUCAGUGACUUCUUUCUUCACCUCACUUUAGCCUACAAAGCCAGGGAUGAGCCCAGCCGAGGCAUAAGCUCAGUCGCGGACCAGCCACCCCAGGUCUCGGAUCUUGCUAGUCAGUGAUGUAUCGGCCGCCUGUGGUGAGGGCCAGGAAGAGAACUCGUGUGGAGCCCUGGGUUAUUGGCCUCAUCUCUUUUUUAUCCCUGAUUGUCCUGGCUGUGUGUAUUGGGCUCACCGUUCACUAUGUCAGAUACAAUCAAAGGAGGACCUACAAUUACUACAGCACAUUGCCAUUCACAAGUGAUAAGCUUUAUGCUGAGUUUGGAAAAGAGGCUUCUAAAAAUUUCACAGAAAUGAGCCAGAGAAUUGAAACUAUGGUGAAAAAUGCAUUUUAUAGAUCUCCACUGAGGGGACAACUUGUCAAGGCCCACAUUAUCAAGUUCACUAAAGAAUAUGAUGGAGUGUCGGCUCACAUGCUGCUGAUUUUUCGAAUUCGCUCUACUGAGGAUCCUGAAACUGUGCACCAAAUAGUUGAACACGUUCUGCAUGAAAAGCUGAAAUAUGCUACAGGACCCCCCAACGUUGAUCCUGAAUCGGUUGAAAUUAAAAAAAUCAACAAGACAGAAACCGACAACUUUCUCAACCAUUGUUGUGGGACACGGCGGAAUAAAUCGAUAGCACAGACUAGCCUCAGGAUCAUUGGCGGGACGCAAGCAGAGGAGGGAGAAUGGCCAUGGCAAAGUAGCCUGCAGUUGGAUGGGUCCCAUCGCUGUGGAGCAACUUUGAUCAACAACACGUGGCUUGUGAGUGCUGCUCACUGCUUCCGAACGCACAAGGAUCCGUCGAGUUGGACUGCUUCCUUUGGGGCAACAAUACAACCUCCAAAACUGAAGACUGGCCUGAGGAGGAUAAUUGUCCAUGAAAAAUACAAAUACCCAUCUCAUGACUAUGACAUUGCGCUCGCUGAGCUUUCUAGGCCAAUCCCCUGCACAAAUGCAGUGCACAAGGUUUGUCUCCCGGAUGCAAACUAUGAGUUCCAGCCUGGACAGCAGAUGUUUGUGACAGGAUUUGGAGCAAUGCAAGAUGAUGGAUUUUCACAGAAUCGCCUUCGGCAAGUCCAGGUGGAUUACAUAGAUACCCAAACCUGCAAUCAACCUCAAUCUUACAAUGGUGCCAUCACGCCUAGGAUGCUGUGUGCUGGCUUCUUAAAAGGGGAGAAAGAUGCGUGCCAGGGUGACUCUGGAGGACCACUGGUUGCUCCAGAUGCUAGAGAUAUCUGGUACCUUGCUGGAAUAGUGAGCUGGGGAGAUGAAUGUGGCCAACCCAAUAAGCCUGGUGUUUAUACUAGAGUGACUGCUUUCCGGGACUGGAUUGCUUCCAACACUGGUAUCUAAAGCAGAAAGACCCAGUGGGAUGAAAUGGAUGUUCUUAGAUAGAAGUUUUGUAGGCCGUUCUUAGCGUCACACAACCGCAGAAGCAGCUUACGACCAGGAGGCCCUGAACCAUCAUCACACAGAACAAUCUGAAGUGUCUAUUUCCCCUCCAGCUUUAUGGUCAGGAGGACGUGAACUGUCACACUGAAAAUCUGAAGUGUGUGUUUCCUCCCCACCUCUGUCCUCACAUGAGCAUCUUGCUGCUGCCAGAUGGACUCUGCCAACCUGCACUCAUUUAUUUUCUACAAGUUUUCUGUUGCCAAAAUUUUGAUUUCCUCUGAAAAGUACUCAGGCAUAUAUACAACUUGAAGUGACCCUUACUUCAUUUCGCCAGCUUCUCUCAUAUCAGAAAAUUUCUACUUUUCAACUUCAAGAUAAGGAAGGAAAUAACGUGGAAAAAGAAAAAAAUACAUUUUAUUGUACAGAAAAGCAUUAGGGAUUUUUAAAAUAGAAUGUGGGACAUGAUCACAUUCAUAGUGAAAGACCAGCAAGCAGUUAUAGCAACAGACGGCUGAAAAUUCCAUGUUGGAGAAGAAGAAGACGAAACAGAGAAACUAAUGUAUAGUUUAUUUUCUUCCUAAAUACCUAGCAAGAGCAACAUGAGAAUGAUUGUUUCCUGUGACUACAAUAAUCAUACAAACUCUUUGUAAUGUGCUUGCUAUGAACAAACCAAAGAAAACAAUAUUCAUUUGCAAUUGACAUGCAGAGGCUGUCUAUAUACAAUGAGCAGUGAAAUAAACAAAUCAAUUGCUUGACAUUAUAGCAUAAAAAUUAAUGAAGGAAUGAGGGAUGCGUAGACUCUUAUUAAUAAAUCUACUGAAAAUUCUUUAAAGGUUUGAAGGUAAAUGAUAAGCUUAUUCCAAAAUAAUAAGGCAUACCUUAUGUGGUAAAAUAGUCAUAUAGUUGAGUAGAACUGAAAAGACUCAGUCUAAACUAACAAGUGUGGUGGGAUUAUCCCUAACCCUUUCCAAUAUUCAGGUUCAGAUACUGGUGUGUAAUAGUAGCCGUAUGAUUGCAGCUAAGAACUGGUCUUCCACUUUGAAGAUGAUGGCAGAUGUGCUUCCUCUACUGUCAGUUUCAGCCUGGGCAUGAAAAGUGGGCUUGUAACAUCUGUCGGUGCUGAGACGCCACUCAUCUAGGAUAAGACCACAGGGAAGGACUCCUGGAAGCUGCCUCUACAUUGUGCUGAGUUAGUACCUGCUUCAACACAAGACUGAAGAAAAGAAGCCGGAUGCUGGCCUCCUUUGUGAUUUCAGUUUGACGAAUUAUUACUGAGCCAAUAGAUAUUCUAGAUCCAUAUGAUACAGACCAUAAUGAAAUUAGGACUGAUGCCAUGGUCUAUGACAUGGUAAGGUUUCACCAAAACAUUCAGCAACCAUCUUCUCAUUCUAUACAGACUAUAAAAAAUAGAAUGGAUCACAUAGUGCCAUAGGAUAGCCAUUGUAAAAAACCAGUGUGAUGAAGGCAUAAAUCACAAACAAUCCCACACCAGUUUGGAAUUAUGA